AUGGCGCGCCUCCGCUUUCUGCUCGUUCUGGACUUUGAGGCAACUUGUGACGACACAACUACCGUAAUCCCUCGUGGACAAUCAGAAAUCAUCGAACUCCCGACUCUUCUCUACGAUCUCGAGCAAGACAAAGUCACGGCUACCUUUCACGAAUAUGUUCGGCCAGUCCACCAUCCGACUCUGACCCCGUUCUGUACAAAUCUCACUGGGAUCGAACAGACAACCGUUGACUCGAGCGAGACCUUCCCCCCCGUUUGGAAGCGAUUCCUCGAGUUCUUACGGGAACACGGUGUCCUGGAGCACCCUGAGGCCGCCACGUUCCUGACGUGCGGCGACUGGGAUCUCAAGACGAUGCUCCCUCAACAACUUCGUUCCAGCGACCUGCCCAUGGAUUGGCCCGAGCCGGGCAAAGUCGGAGCUGCCGUCGUUACGGGCGCAGCAAGCGGCCUCCCGCCACCGUUUGACAGGUGGAUCAACAUCAAGAAGGAGUACCGAGAGCUCUAUGGCCUACGUUCUGCACAGGGGAUGGAUAAGAUGCUGCGGCAUGCGGGGAUGAAGCUCGAGGGACGGCACCACUCGGGGAUCGACGACUGCAAGAACAUCCUCCGCCUCGUCCAGCGCAUGCGGGCGGAUGGAUGGAAGCCGCAGCCAGCCCUCCCGCGUUGA